AUGGCCAACACUCCCCACGGUGGUGUCCUCAAGGACCUCAUUGCCCGCGAUGCUCCCCGCCACGACCAGCUCGCCGCGGAGGCCGAGUCUCUCCCCGCUGUCGUCCUCACUGAGCGUCAGUUGUGUGAUCUCGAACUGAUCAUGAACGGAGGUUUCUCUCCUUUGGAAGGUUUCAUGAACCAGAAGGACUUCGACAGCGUCUGCGAGAAUGUCCGUCUGGCCGAUGGCAACCUUUUCUCUAUGCCCAUCACCUUGGAUGUUUCCCAGCAAACCAUCUCCGAAGGCAACCUCCAGGCCGGUUCUCGUAUCACUCUCCGUGACUUCCGUGAUGACCGCAACCUGGCCAUCUUGACUAUUGACGACAUCUACCGUCCCGACAAGUUGAAGGAAGCCAAGCUGGUCUUUGGCGGUGAUGUUGACCACCCUGCCAUCAAGUUCCUGAACACCAAGGUUCAGGAGUUCUACAUUGGUGGAAAGAUCGAAGCCAUCAACAAGCUUAACCACUACGACUAUGUCGCCCUCCGCUACACUCCCGCGGAGCUCCGUAUCCACUUUGACAAGCUCGGCUGGAACCGAGUUGUCGCUUUCCAGACCAGAAACCCCAUGCACAGAGCUCACCGUGAGCUGACCGUCCGCGCCGCUCGCGCUCGCCAGGCUAAUGUCCUGAUCCACCCCGUCGUCGGUCUCACCAAGCCCGGUGACAUUGACCACUUCACCCGUGUCCGUGCCUACCAGGCCCUCCUCCCCAGUUACCCCAACGGUAUGGCCGUCCUGGGUCUCUUGCCCUUGGCCAUGCGUAUGGGUGGUCCCCGUGAGGCCAUCUGGCACGCCAUUAUCCGUAAGAACCAUGGUGCCACUCACUUCAUUGUCGGACGUGACCACGCCGGUCCCGGUAAAAACUCCAAGGGUGAGGAGUUCUACGGCCCUUACGAUGCCCAGCACGCCGUCGAGAAGUACAAGGACGAGCUCGGUAUCGAAGUCGUCGAGUUCCAGCAGGUUACCUACCUGCCCGACACCGACGAGUACAAGCCCAAGGACGAGGUCCCCGCUGGUGUCAAGACUCUUGACAUCUCCGGUACUGAGCUCCGUAACCGUCUGCGCACUGGUGCCCACAUCCCCGAGUGGUUCUCUUACCCCCAGGUUGUCAAGAUCCUGCGCGAAUCCAGCCCCCCUCGCGCCACCCAGGGUUUCACCAUCUUCCUUACUGGUUACAUGAACUCUGGCAAGGACGCUAUCGCCCGUGCUCUGCAGGUCACUCUGAACCAGCAGGGUGGACGUUCCGUCUCUCUGCUGCUCGGUGACACUGUCCGCCACGAGCUCUCUUCCGAGCUUGGCUUCAGCGCCGAGGACCGUCACACCAACAUCCAGCGCAUCGCUUUCGUCGCUGGUGAGCUCACCCGCGCCGGUGCUGCCGUUAUCGCUGCCCCCAUCGCCCCCUACGAGCACUCCCGAAAGGCCGCCCGUGAGGCCGUCUCCCAGCUGGGUGGCUCUUUCUUCCUCGUCCACGUUAACACUCCCCUCGAGCACUGUGAGAAGACCGACAAGCGCGGCAUCUACGCCAAGGCUCGCAAGGGUGAGAUUAAGGGUUUCACCGGUGUCGAUGACCCUUACGAGGCCCCCACCAACGCCGACCUCACCGUCGACGUUUCCAAGCAGAGUGUUCGCAGCAUUGUUCACGAGAUUAUCCUCAUGCUCGAGAGCGAGGGCUACUUCGACCGUGCUUAG